AUCAAGCGCUCCCUGAACGCGUUCAUGCUUUUUCGCCGUCAUGUCACCUCUCAGAGGAAGUCGAUGUUCGAGAAGAUAGAGAAGGAUCACAGCAAUAUCAGCAAGCUCGUGGGGUCCAUGUGGCAGGAGAUGACCAUGAUGGAACGUGAUCCGUGGUUCGCCGCCGCCGCCACCGAGAAGCGCUUGCACCAGAAGAGACAUCCUGACUACAAGUUCACGCCC